UUCGGCCAAAAACUAAUAAUCCAUCCACCCCAAUAAUUACCAAAAAAAAAAAACCCAUCACUCAAUUAUUUCCCCGACCGCCACUCCCCUUCCACCUUUUUCUUCUCUAUUAAUGUCCAAAGCAAACACAAACCAAAAUAGAUCCACUCCACCACCACCAAAACCCAAAACCCCAUCGCCACAACUAUGGUUUCCUCACCAGUGCUAGUAAUGGUGUUGAUGCUGCUCCACCUCCGCCUCCCAACUAUCAUCACCUCCUCCGCCUCAUCGGCAAACUAUGGACACACACCUCACCACCCUGAUUUCCAACACUUCAAUGUAAAAGAAAUCAUCGCCGAGACCAAAACCCCGCCUACCCAAUUCAUAUCCCAACACCAGGACCUCUGGGAAACCCAUGAUGAGAGUAGUCAUGAUCAGGGAAAGUGGGAGCUGAAACUACUUCAUAGAGACAGAAUAGCAGGCGCAACAGAAUCAUCCCUCCACCACAACUACCAUGAUCGUUUUCUUGACCUCAUGAAACGAGACGCAAGAAGGGUCACUGGCCUUAUUCGCCGCCUAACCGCAAACACUAGUACUGGGACUGGUCCUUCUCAUCAUGAGGUGGAUGAGGAUUUCGGGUCGGAGGUGGUUUCGGGGAUGGACCAGGGAAGUGGGGAGUAUUUUGUUCGGAUAGGAGUCGGUAGUCCUCCAACCAGUCAAUACAUGGUCAUCGAUUCCGGCAGUGAUAUUGUGUGGGUACAGUGUCAGCCUUGUAACCAGUGUUACCGCCAAGCCGACCCAGUGUUUGACCCUGCCGAUUCUGCUUCCUUUGCCGGAGUGUCUUGCAGCUCAGCUGUGUGUGACCGCCUCCAGAACGCUAAUUGCCAUGCCGGUGGGUGUCGAUACGAGUUGUCCUACAAUGACGGUUCCUACACAAAAGGCACGCUUGCGCUAGAAACGAUCUCACUGGGGAGCACCAAGAUUCAGAACGUGGCCAUCGGGUGCGGACAUACAAACCGGGGAAUGUUUAUUGGAGCGGCAGGUUUAUUAGGACUUGGAGGUGGGUCCAUGUCCUUUGUGGGUCAGCUUGGCGGUCAGGCGGGUGGUGCCUUCAGUUAUUGCUUGGUGAGUCGGGGCACCGGGUCGUUAGAGUUCGGGCGGGGAGCAAUGCCCAUGGGUGCUGCAUGGGUGCCCUUAAUCAGAAACCCAAGGGCUCCGAGUUUCUACUACGUGGGGCUGUCGGGUCUUGGAGUGGGAGGCGUGCGGGUGCCCAUACCCGAAGAUGUGUUCGGGUUAACCGAAGCAGGGAACGGAGGAGUGGUUAUGGAUACAGGAACAGCAGUGACAAGGCUCCCAGAAUUGGGUUACCAGAUGUUCCGCGAUGCCUAUUUUGCACAAACCGGGAAUCUCCCUCGGGUCUCUGGAGUCUCUAUAUUUGACGCGUGCUAUGACCUAUCCGGAUUUGUGACGGUUCGGGUACCAACAGUGUCAUUUUACUUCUCGGGUGGGCCGGUCCUCACCCUUCCGGGAAAGAACUUUCUGAUUCCGGUGAAUGAUGAGGGAACCUUCUGUUUUGCAUUUGCUCCGUCGUCUUCUGGACCUUCUAUUAUUGGGAAUAUCCAGCAAGAGGGCAUCCAAAUUACCAUUGAUGGGGCUAAUGGGUUUGUGGGAUUCGGUCCAAACGUUUGCUGAGCGAAAAGAAAACGUCACUUUCCUGAUUUUUGGCUAUAAGUGAAAGUGAAGAAGACACUGUGAAUUUUGUUAGACCUAGUUUUAUUCGUGUUAUUAGAGUAUAUAUACAUAUACAUGUACGCAUGUACAUGACAUGUGAGGGCUAAUGUGUUUGUGGGAUUUGAUACAAACAUAUGCUAUGAAUUUUGCUGCUCGUAGUUAUAUUCUUCUCAAUCGCAUUGUGUAACACGAGAAGUAUUAAUUAAUGCUGUAA